UUUAAAAAUUAAUUAAUAUUUAUCUUUCCAAUAGUGGAGAUGAUUUCGAAGUACAUAUUAUUAAUAAGUUUAUUUUCACAUAACAUAGUAUAUUCAAUCAAUAUGUAUUUUGGAAGACCAUACAUUCCAAACUAUUAUUCAAUUCAAAAAAAUAAUGUAUUUCAGACCUUACCAAUAAGCUUUGGAACUUUUGACAAUUCCAGUAAUGUUUACAAGAAACAAGACGUUCAAUUGAAUCAAGGAAAUAGGUUAUCACAACUACCAGAAUUCGUAAAACAUAAUAAUAAAGAGAAUAAUAUAUAUCAGAGAACCUAUGAAGAUAAACGACUUGAACCACAGAGCGAAUAUUCAAUAAAGCACCACCUUUGGAACAUUCAUGCACAACAAGCCGCUUACCAACUUCAUCAAUUAGCAAAACAAAAACAAUAUCAAAAACAUUUACUAAUGAAACAAAAAGAAAUCAAAAAACAUCAUGACCAUAAAGAAAAAUUGAAAAAAGAAAAAGAAUUAACACAACGUUUAAAGCUUUUACAACGGAUUUACUAUGAGAAUUUACUACAUCGUGAAUUAGAUGAAAACGAACAUGAAUUACAUAAAAAAAUAGCUCAUGAAACUUAAUAUAAUAAAAUAAAUAAACUGUAUAAUAAAAAUAA